GCCAGGGCGCGGGGAGGCUGGGAGGCCAUGGCCAGCCACGUGGACCUGCUGACCGAGCUGCAGCUGCUGGAGAAGGUGCCCACGUUGGAGCGGCUGCGCGCCGCCCAGAAGCGCCGGGCCCAGCAGCUGAAGAAGUGGGCGCAGUAUGAGCAGGACCUGCAGCAUCGCAAGCGCAAGCAUGAACGGAAGCGCAGCACGGGCGGCCGGCGAAAGAAGGUGUCCUUUGAGGCCAGCGUGGCCCUGCUGGAGGCCUCGCUUAGGAACGACGCCGAGGAAGUGCGUUACUUCCUGAAGAAUAAGGUCAGCCCUGAUUUGUGCAACGAGGAUGGACUCACAGCCCUGCACCAGUGCUGCAUUGACAACUUUGAGGAAAUUGUCAAGUUGCUCCUUUCCCACGGUGCCAACGUGAACGCCAAGGACAACGAGCUGUGGACGCCCCUGCAUGCCGCGGCCACCUGCGGCCACAUCAACCUGGUGAAAAUCCUCGUUCAGUAUGGGGCCGACUUGCUUGCUGUCAACUCCGAUGGGAACAUGCCCUAUGACCUCUGCGAGGAUGAGCCCACCCUGGAUGUCAUCGAGACGUGCAUGGCGUACCAGGGCAUCACCCAAGAGAAAAUCAACGAGAAGCGGGCAACUCCUGAGCAGCAGAUGAUUUCGGACAUUCACUGUAUGAUUGCAGCCGGCCAGGACCUUGACUGGAUAGAUGCCCAGGGUGCCACACUGCUGCACAUAGCUGGAGCCAAUGGAUACCUGCGGGCAGCCGAGCUCCUCCUGGACCACGGGGUGCGCGUGGAUGUGAAGGACUGGGAUGGCUGGGAACCCCUGCACGCGGCUGCCUUCUGGGGACAGAUGCAGAUGGCAGAGCUAUUGGUGUCCCAUGGGGCCAGUCUCAGUGCUAGGACGUCCAUGGAUGAGAUGCCAAUAGACCUGUGUGAAGAGGAAGAGUUCAAGGUGCUGCUGUUGGAGCUAAAACACAAGCACGACGUGAUCAUGAAGUCGCAGUUGAGGCACAAGUCAUCCUUGAGCCGGAGGACGUCCAGUGCGGGCAGCCGCGGGAAGGUGGUGCGUCGAGCCAGCCUGUCGGACAGAACCAACCUGUACAGGAAGGAGUAUGAGGGAGAGGCCAUACUGUGGCAGCAGAGGAGCGCAGCCGACGAUCAGCGGACCUCCACCUACAAUGGGGACAUCAGGGAGACCAGGACAGACCAAGAGAAUAAGGACCCGAACCCCAGGCUGGAGAAGCCCGUGCUGCUCUCCGAGUUUCCUACCAAGAUCCCACGAAGUGAAAUGGACAUGCCUGUUGAGAACGGCCUCCGGGCUCCGGUCAGCACCUACCAGUACGCGCUGUCCAACGGGGACGUCUGGAAAGUGCAUGAGGUGCCGGACUACAACAUGGCCUAUGGCAACCCUGGCAUGGCAGAUGCCACCCCGCCCUGGAGUGGCUACAAGGAACAGAGCCCCCAGACGCUUCUGGAGCUGAAGCGGCAGCGGGCUGCAGCCAAGCUGCUCAGCCACCCCUUCCUGAGCACCCAUCUGGGUAGCGGCAUGGCCAGGACGGGUGAGGGCAGCAGCGAAGGCAAGGCCCCCUUGAUUGGAGGCAGAACUUCCCCGUACAGCAGCAAUGGGACCUCCGUGUAUUACACGGUCACCAGUGGAGACCCCCCACUCUUGAAGUUCAAGGCCCCCAUGGAGGAAAUGGAGGAGAAGGUCCACGGCUGCUGCCGCAUUUCCUAG